AUGUUGCAGGCGGAAGACAGCGACGGCCUCGUCUUUGGCCCUGCCUCCUGCCGCCGACUCUCCCUCGACGGCCCGCGGCCGCAGAUGCCGCUCAGCCCUCGCGGCUCCGGCGCCUGCGCCUCAGCCGGCGUAUCUGGAAAUUCCAGUGCCACCGCGGCUCUGCGCCUUAUGCCGAGCGUGGCGCUGUCUGGGCGCUCCGCCUCGCUGAGCGUCGAGGCACUGGGAGCGAACCCUCUGAGGCGUGUGUCGCUGCCGAUGCCCGGCCAGCAGCCGCGGCCCGUAGACGAGACGCUGCGGCGCGGCAGCGUGCAGGCACCCAUGGCCGCUGGGGCUGCGGCAUCUAUCGUGGCAGCGGCAGCGGCAGCGGCGGGCCGUGCCUCAAGGCCAACUGCGGGGCCCUGCGCGGUGGAGUGUGCUCACUGA